GCCUGACUGGCACAGGGAGCCUGGGCUGGAAGAGGCAGUGCAAAGGAACAUCUGAAGAGUGGACACUGGCAAGAGGAAGGUGGCCUCUUUUCUGGUUUCCCUGACACCAUGGACAGCUCCCACUGACUAAGACCACUUCAACCUUCAUGUCUGGGGCUUCUGUGCCCCCUCUGUCAAACUGGGAUUUCAUCUACCUUUCUUCAAGGGACACUGAAUUCACAUCCUCAUUCCAGUGCUGGGAUAUGCAGCCCCUCAACAUGUCUCUCACAGAAGGUUCUGUGGGGGUAGAGGACCUUGUCCUCCUGGAACCCCUGGAGGAGGUGUCUCUUCUCAAGAACCUUCAGCUUCGCUAUGAAAACAAGGAGAUUUAUACCUACAUUGGGAACGUGGUGAUCUCAGUCAAUCCUUACCAACAGCUGCCCAUCUAUGGCCCCGAGUUCAUUGCCAAAUACCGAGACUAUACCUUCUAUGAACUAAAGCCCCAUAUCUAUGCUUUGGCAAAUGUGGCUUACCAGUCACUGAGAGACCAAGACCGAGACCAGUGUAUAGUCAUCACAGGCGAGAGUGGAGCUGGGAAGACGGAGGCUAGCAAGCUGGUGAUGUCUUAUGUGGCUGCCGUCUGUGGAAAAGGGGAGCAGGUGAACUCUGUGAAGGAGCAACUGCUUCAGUCAAACCCAGUGCUGGAGGCAUUUGGCAAUGCCAAGACCAUUCGCAACAACAACUCCUCUCGAUUUGGAAAAUACAUGGAUAUUGAGUUUGACUUCAAAGGAUCCCCGCUUGGUGGCGUCAUCACAAACUAUCUGCUUGAGAAAUCCCGAGUGGUGAAGCAGCUCAAAGGGGAAAGGAACUUCCACAUCUUCUAUCAGCUACUGGCUGGAGCAGAUGCAGAGCUGCUGAAGGCCCUGAAGCUUGAGCAGGAUACAAGUGGUUAUUCCUAUCUGAACCACGAAGUGUCCAGAGUGGAUGGCAUGGAUGAUGCCUCCAACUUCAGAGCUGUACAGAAUGCAAUGACAGUGAUUGGGUUCUCUAAAGAGGAAAUUCAACAAGUACUGGAGGUGACAGCUUUGGUCCUGAAGUUGGGGAAUGUGGAGCUGACUGAUGAGUUUCAGGCCAAUGGGAUACCAGGAAGUGGGAUCCGUGAUGGGAGAGGUGUUCAGGACAUAGGAAAGAUUGUGGGUUUGAAUUCCAAGGAACUAGAAAGAGCUUUGUGCUCAAAGACCAUGGAAACAGCCAAAGAAAAGGUGGUCACUAUGCUGAAUGUUAUCCAGGCUCAGUAUGCUCGGGAUGCUCUGGCUAAGAACAUCUACAGCCGCCUCUUCAACUGGCUAGUAAAUAGAAUCAAUGAGAGCAUCAAGGUGGGCACUGGGGAGAAGAAGAAGGUAAUGGGAGUCCUAGAUAUCUACGGCUUUGAGAUACUGGAGAAUAAUAGCUUUGAACAAUUUGUGAUUAACUACUGCAAUGAAAAGCUACAGCAGGUGUUCAUAGAACUGACCCUGAAGGAGGAGCAAGAAGAAUAUAAGAGAGAGGGCAUACCAUGGACAAAGGUGGACUACUUUGACAAUGGCAUCAUCUGUAACCUCAUUGAGCAUAAUCAGCGAGGCAUCUUGGCCAUGCUGGAUGAGGAGUGCUUGCGGCCUGGGGUGGUCAGUGACUCCACUUUCCUAGCAAAGCUGAACCAGCUCUUCUGCAAGCACAGUCACUAUGAGAGCAAAGUCACCCAGAAUGCCCAGAACCAGUAUGACCACAGCAUGGGCCUCAGCUGCUUCCGCAUCUGCCACUAUGCGGGCAAGGUGACAUACAGUGUAACUGGCUUCAUUGACAAGAAUAAUGACCUACUCUUCCGAGACCUGUCCCAGGCCAUGUGGAAGGCCCAGCACCCACUCCUUCGAUCCUUGUUCUCUGAGGGGAAUCCCAAGGAGGCCUCUCUCAAACGUCCCCCAACUGCUGGGGCCCAGUUCAAGAGUUCUGUGGCCAUACUCAUGAAGAACCUGUAUUCCAAGAACCCCAACUACAUCAGGUGCAUAAAGCCCAAUGAACAUCAGCAGCAAGGUCAGUUCUCCUCAGAGCUGGUGGUAGUCCAGGCACGCUACCUAGGGCUGAUGGAGAAUGUGCGGGUGCGACGGGCAGGCUAUGCCCACCGCCAGGGCUACAAAUCCUUCUUGGAAAGGUACCGAUUGCUGAGCUGGAGCACUUGGCCUCGCUGGAAUGGGGGAGACCGGGAGGGUGUUGAGAAGGUACUGGGGGAGCUGAGCCUGUCCUCAGAGGAGCUGGCCUUUGGGAAGACAAAGAUCUUCAUCAGAAGCCCCAAGACUCUCUUCUACCUGGAAGAGCAGAGGCGCCUGAGGCUCCAGCAGCUGGCCACCCUCAUCCAGAAGAUUUACCGAGGCUGGCGCUGCCGCACCCAUUACCAGCAGAUGAGGAAGAGUCAGAUCCUUAUCUCUGCUUGGUUUCGGGGCAACAGGCAAAAGAAACAAUACGGGCAGAUGAAGGCAUCAGCACUGCUGAUCCAGGCUUUCGUGAGAGGGUGGAAGGCUCGCAAGAAUUAUCGAAAAUAUUUCCGGUCUGGGGCUACCCUCAUCUUGGCAAAUUUCAUCUACAAGAGCAUAGCACAGAAAUUCCUGCUGGGCCUGAAAAACAAUUUGCCAUCUGCUAAUAUCUUGGACAGAAAGUGGCCAGCUGCCCCCUACAAGUGCUUCAUCAGGGCUAAUCAGGAGCUGCAGCAGCUGUACCACCAGUGGAAGUGUAAGAAGUUCCGGGAUCGGCUAUCUCCAAAGCAGGUGCAGAUGCUGAGGGAAAAACUCUGUGCCAGUGAACUGUUCAAGGACAAGAAGGCUUCCUACCCCCAGAGUGUCCCCAUUCCAUUCCGUGGUGACUACAUUGGUCUGCAAGGGAACCCCAAGCUGCAGAAGCUGAAGGGCAGUGAGGAAGGGCCUGUUCUGCUGGCAGAGACUGUGAAGAAGGUCAACCGUGGCAACGGCAAGACUUCUGCUCGGAUUCUCCUCCUGACUAAAGGGCAUGUGAUUCUCACAGACACUAAGAAGUCCCAGGCCAAAAUUGUCAUUGGGCUGGACAGUGUGGCUGGGGUGUCAGUUACCAGCCUCCAGGAUGGGCUCUUUAGCUUGCAUCUGAGUGAGAUGUCAUCAGGAGGCUCCAAAGGGGACAUCCUGUUGGUCAGUGACCAUGUCAUUGAACUGCUGACAAAAAUGUACCAGGCUGUGUUGGAUGCUUCACAGAGGCAGCUUUCUGUCACCGUGACUGAGAAGUUCUCAGUGAAGUUCAAGGAGAGCAGUGUUGCUGUCAAGGUCACCCAGGGCCCUGGGAGUGGUGGGAACGGCAACCUAAUUUGUAAGAAGAAGGGAAGUCAUUGCCUGGAGGUGACUGUGCAGUGAGGAGAUGGGGGCCUCUUGCAGAGACGCACCUUCUUCUGGACCAGCACUGUCCCCCUUUACCCUCCUCCUUGUGAGGCUUGGAAAUGGAAGAACCCUUGAAGAGGACCUUUCUUCUCCCCAACCCUUCCAGUCCUCUCCUCCCAUCUCUUUG